UGCCCAGUGACCUGACCCCAGAGGAGUGCCAGGAGCUGGAGAACAUCCGCCGCCGCAAGCAGGAGCUGCUGGCUGACAUACAGCGCCUGAAGGAUGAGAUAGCAGAAGUGACAAAUGAGAUCGAGAACCUGGGCUCCACCGAGGAGAGGAAAAACAUGCAGAGGAACAAACAGGUGGCAAUGGGCAGGAAGAAAUUCAACAUGGAUCCCAAGAAGGGCAUCCAGUUCCUAAUUGAGAAUGACCUGCUGAAGAACACGUGCGAGGACAUCGCUCAGUUCCUGUAUAAGGGAGAAGGCCUCAACAAGACGGCCAUCGGCGACUACCUGGGCGAGAGGGAUGAGUUCAACAUCCAAGUCCUGCAUGCCUUUGUGGAGCUGCACGAGUUCACCGACCUCAACCUUGUGCAGGCCCUGCGGCAGUUCCUGUGGAGUUUCCGGCUGCCCGGGGAGGCGCAGAAGAUCGACCGGAUGAUGGAGGCCUUUGCGCAGCGGUACUGCCAGUGCAACCCCGGCGUCUUCCAGUCCACAGACACGUGCUAUGUGCUGUCCUUUGCCAUCAUCAUGCUGAACACGAGCCUGCACAACCCCAAUGUGAAGGACAAGCCCACAGCAGAGCGAUUCAUUGCCAUGAACCGCGGCAUCAACGACGGGGGAGACCUGCCCGAGGAGCUGCUCCGGAAUCUCUAUGAGAGCAUCAAGAAUGAGCCCUUCAAAAUCCCUGAGGAUGAUGGCAACGACCUCACCCACACCUUCUUCAACCCCGACCGGGAGGGCUGGCUCCUGAAGCUUGGAGGAGGCAGGGUGAAGACAUGGAAGCGGCGCUGGUUCAUCUUGACCGACAACUGCCUUUACUACUUCGAGUAUACAACGGAUAAGGAGCCCCGUGGCAUCAUACCCCUGGAGAACCUGAGCAUCCGUGAGGUGGAGGACUCAAAGAAGCCCAACUGCUUUGAGCUCUACAUCCCUGACAACAAGGACCAGGUGAUCAAGGCCUGCAAGACAGAGGCGGAUGGGCGUGUGGUGGAGGGGAACCACACUGUGUACCGCAUCUCUGCCCCCACACCUGAGGAGAAGGAGGAGUGGAUCAAGUGCAUCAAGGCAGCCAUCAGCCGGGACCCCUUCUACGAGAUGCUGGCUGCCAGGAAGAAGAAGGUCUCCUCCACCAAGAGGCACUAGCAGCCAGACUGGCCUUGUGAGGCCAGCAUGCCCUCGGCAGCCCAAGCAUCCCCCUGUCCCGGGGGUCUGUGGGGCGGGGGCUGCACUGCAGCCUGGCCCUAGGGUCCAGGGGCCAGCUUCAGCUUCACUGUUUCUUUUCCAUGGGGGGAGGGAGGGGGCACAGGCAUCUUGGUGCCUCUGGCCCUCCAUCACUGCCUCAUCUCCAAGACAGUGUCUUCAUGGGCUCAAGCUGGGACACAGCACCCCUGGGAGCUCCAGCCUCAGCACCACAGGCACCCUCCCUGCUCCUGACCCCCAGCAGCCCUGCGGCUGCACAUGGCGCUGCAGCCCCCCAGCACCUGUGUCCAGACACUUGGAGUGUCCCGUCAGGAGGAUGAGCAGCUGUUAGUGAGUAGCUGGCAGUUUUGGGGUGCCACAGGUGCUGGGGUGCAAGGCAUCAGGCCCAGGGAGGCCCUACAGAGACACAGCUCCCGGCCCUCGUUGUAGCGGGCCUGGGUCUGUCCUGGGUGUCCCCACGCUGCUGCCUCAGACCCUCACAGCUGCCCCCUGCACCAGGAGCGGUCCCCGUGUGCACAGGAGUGCCGAAGGGCAGGGACUGUCACCAUCACGGUCUGCAGUGGUGCCACACAGGGCACAGACAUGCCCUCGUCCAGCCAUGGAGGCUGUGGCUUGGAUGAGGUGGCACUGGGUGGCAUUGCCCCUGGCACAUCCUUGCAGCACAGUCCUCUCGUGCCAGGGUGGCAUGGUGCCAUGGUGGGACAUGCCCAGAGCUGGAGCCUGCCCUGAGAAUGGCUGUGGUGGGGGUCUGGAUGGGUGGGGGCUGCAUCCCCCACUCUCUGCCUCACAGUCCGCCCAUGUCAUGUCCUGUCCCUGUCCCCGCGCAUGGUCUGGAGACGCCUGGAUCAGUAUUAGUCUAUUUAUCAGAGGUGUAAAUACUCCUGUAUAGUUUUCUCCUUGUAGAUUAUUUUGUAUGUGGGUGGUUCAGUGCAGAGGCCUCGUGGGGCGGGGGGGCAGGAUUUUUUAUUCUAACAUUUUAUUUUUUUUUGCCAUGGCCUUGUAAACUAGUGCUGAGGAUUGGCAGCAAAUAAACACUGCACUGCGCUCCA